CUAACAAAAUCAUUAGAUGUAUACUUUUAGUAAAUGUUUCAGUUAAAUGUGACUCACUUAUCGAGAUUACUUUGGAGGGCCAAAGAAUUGUGUGUGCGUGUUUUAUUUGAAUUGUUUGCUACUGUUCACAAUCAGUGGAGAUCAUCAUCAUAAUUGAUCGUAAUGCUAAAUCAUCAAACAUUGGAUAAUAAUAAUGUUAAUAAGAACGGUAAGCAAAGAUUGAAUGACGAUGGCAACGGAGAACAGCAACCAUCAAUGCAGGUAGCAGAAAAAAUCUGUAAUAGCGGUGAUCAUUAUAAACAACAAUCAUCCGAUUCACUAUCAUUUUCAUCUGAAACAAGUGGAAAAAGAUCAUUAUUCAUUACAGCGUCCGAAUCUUUGAUCAAUCAACUCAUCAAGUUCAAUCAAUCAAUAAAAAUGAUGGGUUGUCUAUCCUGUUCCGAAUCUAAUCCACAAAUAGAACAGAGCAGAAAAAUUGAUAAAGAAUUAAAAGAAUGGAAUCGACAUGAGUCAAAGGUUAUAAAAAUGUUAUUGUUGGGCGCUGGUGAAAGUGGAAAAACAACCAUCAUUAAACAAAUGAAAAUUCUACACAUCAAAGGAUUUUCAACUGAAGAACGAUUGGAAAAAUUGCAAGAAAUCAAAGAGAAUGUCUUUGAAUCGAUCAAAGAACUUACCAGUAACAUGGAAUAUCUUGUUCCACCUAUUGAACUAGCAAAUCCGGUGAAUCAAGCUAGUCUCGAUUUCAUAAAAAAAUUAGACGCAACUCAAAUAAAAACUUAUGAUUAUCCUGAUGAAUUUUUCGAACACACUAAACGGCUAUGGUCUGAUUUAGGAAUUCAAGCCUGUUAUCUACGAUCAAAUGAAUUUUCUCUAAUUGAUUCUGCCAAAUAUUUUUUAGAUAUGAUCGACAAAAUUCGAGAUCCAAAUUAUGAACCAAGUGACCAAGAUAUUUUACAUAGUCGUAAAAGAACAAGUGAACUACAGAAAAUUGACUUCAAAGUUAAAGUUCCCAAACAAAACGGUGGUAAAAUGCAACCAUUUUGCAUGUAUGAUGUGGGUGGACAACGAGGCGAACGCAAAAAAUGGAUUCAAGUGUUCGUAGGUAUAAAAGCCAUUUUAUUUGUUGUCGAUUCAUCUGGAUUCGACACAAAAGUUCGUGAAGAUGGCAAAACAAACAGACUGGAAGAAAGCCUUGACUUAUUCAAAGUUGUUUGGAAUAAUUCUUAUUUAGAAAAAUCCGGAAUCAUUUUGUUCAUGAAUAAACAGGAUAUUCUCAAGGAAAAAAUUCAACGCGGUCACAGAAUAGAGAAUUAUUUUCCUGAAUAUAAAGAUUAUAAACCGACAAAGAAUAAAAUUAAUGAAAAAGAAUAUGAAUAUUUGAAGGCAAGGCAAUUUAUCCUAGAUAAAUUCCUCGAAGUUACCAAAGAUGGUAAACAUCGAUUUUUCUCUCAUUUCACAACGGCAACUGAUACAAAUAAUAUCAAAAAAGUAUUCAAUGAUGUGCAUUGUAUGUUUAUGGCCGACAAUUUUGAUUACAUAAUCUAGACUCAGUAAAUUGCAAUAUCAGAUCAAAUAAAAUCAUCAUUCUUGUAUAAAAUUA